AUGGCAUCAACCGAGGAAUAUCGGAAAGAAGCCGUUUUUGCUUCAUUACCUCGAACAACUCGGGGAUUGCCGUUGGUGGUCGGUGGAAGUCCUGAUGGAAAGAAGAUUGUUUAUUGCAAUGGCAACUCUGUUUUUAUUCGCAAUAUGGAAGACAUCAAAGAUUGUGAAAUAUACACUGAGCACGCUACUCUGACUACAGUAGCGAAAUUCUCACCAUCUGGAUUUUAUAUUGCAUCUGGUGACAAUUCUGGCAAGGUUCGCAUUUGGGACACAACUCAACCUUCACAUAUACUUAAGGCGGAAUAUCCGGUGAUCUCAGGCCCGAUUCGUGAUAUUGCUUGGUCGGACGACAGUAAACGAUUGGCCGUUGUUGGUGAGGGUCGUGAACGCUUCGGUCAUGUGUUUCUCUUCGAUACGGGCACUUCGAAUGGCAAUCUAUCUGGCCAAAGUCGUUCAAUGUCAAGUAUUGAUUUUCGACCCGUUCGACCAUUUCGGCUAGUUAGUGCGUCUGAAGACAAUUCUGUCGCUCUCUUCGAAGGUCCACCAUUCAAAUUUAAAACGUUAAUCCAUGAACACACGAGGUUCGUCCAUGUAGUGCGAUAUAAUUCUAAUGGAACAUUAUUUGCAAGUGCUGGCGCUGAUGGCAAGGUUGUUUUAUACGAGGGAGUAGAAGGUCAGAAACAAGAUGAAUUUGUUGAUGCAUCGUGUAAAGCCAAAGCUCAUGAUGGUGGUGUUUUUGGACUGUGUUGGUCUCCAGAUGACUCAUACAUUGCUACGGUAUCUGGUGAUAAAACAGUUAAGAUUUGGAACGUAGCUACCAAGGAGCUUUACAAGUUUGUUUUGUACUAUUUAUUUGCGCUUCAGAUGUUAACUUUUCAACUGAAAUCUCCGUUUUUUUUGCUCAUUCAUCAAUCUGUCUAUCGUAAUGAAUAUGUCAUGUUAACCUUGAUUGUUAUGGCCCCAACUUCAAUUUGCAAUUGCAAGCUGCUUUAUAGAACAAUUCGAUUCGAAAAUACGGUUGAAAAUCAGCAGCUAUCAGUUGUAUGGACCAAACAUGGUUUGUUUAGUGUGAGCCUAUCGGGUUUCAUUCAUUGCUUAGAUGUGGAAUCGGAAUCUGUCAAGAAGACUAUCAAAGGACAUAACAAACCAAUUACGGCUCUUACCGUCUCGAUCGAUAAGUCGACUGCAUUCACUGCCGAUUUCGAAGGCAACAUCACUCGUUGGAAUCUCUCCAAUGGAGAAUCAGAACGUAUUUCACCACCAGUGCACAAAUCUCAAGUCUCAUCGUUGAGUAUCUCAGCUGAAGGGAUGCUCGUUUCAGUUGGAUGGGAUGAUUCCAUAGCCUUUACGGAGAACGUUUUUAAUGAUAUUGAUGGUGUUCAUCCAGAUAAUAUGAAGUUGUCGUCGCAGCCACGUGGACUCUCGAUGUCUGCUGAUAGCAAAACAGUGGUUGUAGCUUGUCAUAAGUCUAUAUAUUUAUUCAACAAUCGGAAACUUGCAAUCACUCAUGAUAUUCCCUACGAAGCAUCAUGCAUCUCGAUAACGGCUGACGGCAAAGAUAUCGCCGUUGGAGGACAGGAUUGUAAGUUACGAAUUUUCGGUGUAAGUGGCACUCAAUUGGUACAGAAAAAAGAACUGGAUCAUCUAGGUGCUAUUACAUCGGUUGCUUGGAGUCCAGAUGGUAGUCAUCUUGUUGCUACGGACACUGCUCGUAGGGUGAUACCGUAUUCGGUAGAAAAUGAUUUUGCAAUUGCCACUGAGAAAGAAUGGACAUUCCAUACGGCCCGAGUGAAUUGUUGUGCGUGGUCUGAUGAUGGAAACUACGUUGCCACUGGGGGUCUCGAUACGAAUAUCAUUGUGUGGGAUAUGAAAAAUACCGGUGAGCAUCCAGUAAUCAUUCGAGGUGCGCAUUCAAUGAGUCCGGUGAAUGGUAUCGCAUGGUUGGGUCCACGAAAAUUACUCAGUGCUGGUCAAGAUUCAGUGCUAAAAACAUGGAUACUGAAUUGAUAAUGAGAGCGAGAGCAUUUAGAAUUGAAUUGACUUUUUGCUAUUGUUUGUCAGCUUUAUAAUUUUCAGUUUGUCAAAUUGCGUUUUUAAUUGAAUUUGUUCAUCUUAUGCGUUCGUCGUUUCAGUAGUAUAUCGCAGUCAGAAUGAAACGCCUUAAUUCUAUCCGCUACUUAAACUUGAUUCAAUUCUUUAGUCGCUUGUUGUUCUAUUUAUAACGAUGCCUCAAUUGUAACCUUGUUCAAAAUGCUCAGCAUUCUCAUUUUAUAUUUGCAAAUCAUUCUUUUCGUUAUUGCUAAUAAAUAAAUU